CAACUCUCUCUCUUCUCUCUUCUCUCUUCUCUCUCUCUCUGUGAGUAGCCAUGGGAAGAGCACCAUGCUGUGACAAAGCUAACGUGAAGAGAGGACCGUGGUCGCCCGAAGAAGAUGCAACUCUCAAGAGCUAUCUGGAAGCUCAUGGCACUGGUGGAAAUUGGAUUGCUUUGCCCAAGAAAGCAGGCCUUAGACGGUGCGGGAAGAGUUGCCGCUUACGGUGGCUCAAUUAUCUGAGACCAGAUAUCAAGCAUGGUGGUUUUACUGAAGAUGAAGAUAAUAUCAUAUGCAAUCUCUACAAUGAAAUAGGAAGCAGGUGGUCCAUCAUAGCAUCUCAAUUGCCCGGAAGAACAGACAACGACGUCAAGAACUACUGGAACACCAAGUUGAAGAAGAAAAGACUUGCCGGAAAAGUUAAGGGGGCUAAUAACGGCAGCAACAACACAAUGUCCACUUUUAACACCCCUGCUCUCCUUGGGUUCGCAAGCAACCAUCCUUCUGGUUUGCCAAAUCUCGACGUGUACCACCGUGGAUUUUCAGUUUCGGAGAUCGAGACUUUCACAGCUGCCGAAUGCCAGGUUAUAUAUGAUGGAGCAACUACUGCGAAUGUUCACAAUUCGCCUUAUUAUCCUUACACAGGCUUCAAUCACAUAAAGUCUAAUGAAAUCGACAUGAGUUCAAAGGUAUCGACUUCAAGCAUUUCUAAUUCAUCCAGCAUCUCGAGUUCAUCGUCGUCUUUGGCAAUGGACGACAAGGCUUCACUGCUCACUUGCAACAGAGGAACACUCGAUGAGGCCACUGCAAUGAUGGAUUUCGGGUUUGGAUUCCUCAGUGACAACAGUGGCCUCUGGUUUCAGGAGAACUCUCUCAACUGUGGCAACUAUGUUCCGAGUUCUGAUUUAAACUAUAUAUGCUGAAGCAAGACCAUAUUGCAGUACUGCAGUAUAGCUCAAUAUUGAAAUGACUGAAAGAAACAAUGGAGGAUUCAAUGGGCACAGGAAUACAGGAAACUUCUAGGAA